GCGGACGCGCGCGCACAUCCACGGGCUUGUGGCAGCUUCAGCAAACCUGCUCGCGGGCUGAACCAUGUCCUUUAGCCCCAAACACUCAACGCCUUUCUCAGUGAGCGAUAUUUUGAGCCCGAUCGAGGAGACCUUCAAGAAGUUUGCAGCCAUGGAGAGCAGCGCGAGCCUGGCGUCUCCUCUAUAUCGACAGAGUCAGGUGUCUCAGGCUAAUUUGCAGCAGCACAGUAUGAGCCAUAACGCGUACCACAUGCCGCACUCGCAGUUCUCGCACAGCGCCAUGGGCGGAUACUGCAACGGGACUAUCGGCGCAAUGGGGGACCUGCCGUCCUACCAAGAGAGCAUGAGGAACGGCGCCACGGCCACGGCUUGGUACGGAUCGAACCCGGAGCCGAGAUACCCGACAAUCUCCAGGUUUAUGGGUCCCUCGGCGGGCAUGAACAUGGGCACGUUACCGGGAAUGGACGCCAGUAAAUCAAUGGUGACUCUACACGCGGCGCCGCGCAGGAAGCGGCGCGUGCUUUUCUCCCAAGCGCAGGUGUACGAGCUGGAGCGCCGCUUCAAGCAGCAGAAAUACCUGUCGGCCCCGGAGAGGGAACAUUUGGCCAGCAUGAUCCACCUUACCCCGACGCAGGUCAAGAUCUGGUUCCAGAACCACAGGUACAAAAUGAAGCGGCAGGCGAAGGAUAAAGCGUCCCAGCAGCAGGACAGCGGGAACAUGUGCGCGCAGCAGUCACCGAGGCGCGUGGCCGUGCCUGUGCUUGUUAAGGACGGUAAACCGUGUCAGAACGGCUCCGGGACGCCGACGCCGAUCCAUCAGCAGGUGCAAAGUGUCCUAGGCAGCGAGACUUUAGCUUCGGCAGAGGAUCUGGAGGAAAUGUCGCCCAGUCCGCCUCUGAUGGGCGGCCUCUCUCAGACUGACGCCGCACUCAUCGAGUACACGAGCAGCAUGGUGAGCUCCAACCUGCUGUACGGCAGAACAUGGUGA